AUGAGACUUUGGCUCGUCAUUGCUGUCGUGUUGGUACUCAUUCAGUGUCAGAAUGUGCUUAGCUGUGGUGGGGGUGGCAGUGGCGGCGGCGACGGCGGAGGAGGAGGUGGUGUGCUUAGCUGUGGUGGGGGUGGCAGUGGCGGCGGCGACGGCGGAGGAGGAGGUGGUGGUGGUGAAGCCGGCGGUGGUGGUGGUGGAGGCGGAGGAGAUGGCGGCGCCGGCGGCGGUGUAAAUAUACAACGUGGCUUCUGUGAGGAAUCGCGAUACGCUUGGUCUAAACAGGGAUUCGAAAAAAAUUGUUCAAACCUUCACUAA